AUGUCACUACUUGGUGUGCUAAACAAUUAUAACAGAGGAAAUUACAAAUUAAAUCCAGUGGUCGUUCAAGAAGAAGACUAUAAUGUCUACUAUGGUGGUAUAAGUAAUGGUCUAUUAUGGCCAGCUAUGCAUAAUUUACCUGAAUACAUCGUGCAGGACUAUGAUUCACCGAAGGUUUGA